GCCCUUUGGGGAGUGGUGCAACUUGCGGCCAAAAGAUGCUGCCAAGAUGCCCGAGAGUGCCUGGAAGCUGCUUUUCUACAUGAUAUCCUGGUUGUAUGGCAUCUACCUGCUCUUCUUCACUGACUACCCCUUCUUCCAUGACCCACCAUCUGUCUUUUAUGGCUGGCAGCGGGGCAUGGAGGUGCCCACGGACAUCGCCAUCGCCUACCUGAUGCAGUGCAGCUUCUACGGGCACUCGGUGUACGCCACCGCCUACAUGGACACGUGGCGCAAGGACUCGGUGGUCAUGCUCCUCCACCACGUCAUCACACUGACCCUCAUCGCCUGCUCCUACGCCUUCAGGUACCACAACGUGGGCAUCCUCGUGUUCUUCCUGCACGACAUCAAUGAUAUCCAGCUGGAAUUUACCAAGCUCAAUGUCUACUUCAAGCACCGGGGGGGUGUCUACCAUCGCCUCAAUGAUGUCCUCUCCAACAUCGGCUGCCUCACCUUCAGCAUCAGCUGGUUCUGGUUCCGUCUCUACUGGUUCCCCCUCAAGGUGCUCUACGCCACUUGCUACUCCAGCCUCCAGUUGGUCCCUAAUAUCCCCUUCUACUUCUUCUUCAAUGCUCUGCUCCUUGUCCUCACUCUGAUGAACAUCUACUGGUUUCUGUACAUUGUCCUCUUCGUGGCCAAGGUGCUGAUGGGGCAGAUGCAAGAGGUGAAUGAUGUGCGUGAGUACGACCUGGAGGACAGCAGGAAACCCACAGCGGCCAAGAAGAGAGAGCCUGGACUCCAGCUGCCCCGUGCUCUGAAGGAAGGGAUGCACCUCAGGAAUGGACUUGUGAAGGACAAGCGGUUGUGA